CACACCUUUCCCGCCCGCAGCCCCACGCGCGGCCCGCAGCGAACUACACUUCCCGGCAGGACGCGGCGCGCGCACGCGCACGGGGGGCCUCCGCCAUGGCGACAGUGCUGUCCAGGGCGCUCAAGCUCCCGGGGAAGAAGAGCCCAGACCUCGGGGAGUACGACCCCCUCACCCAGGCCGACAGCGACGAGAGCGAAGAUGAUCUGGUGCUUAACUUGCAGCAGAAGAACGGAGGGGUCAAAAACGGGAAGAGCGCCCUGGGGGAGCCGCCGGAGCCCGACUCAGAUGCAGACGUGGCUGGGGCUGCGAAGCCCCACCUUUCAGAAGUCGUCCCAGAGGGGUGCCCCUCGGAACCGCUUGGGGGUCUGGAGCAGAAGGCCACCUCUUCCCUGGUGCCCUACGUGCGCACUUCUGUCUUUCUGCUGACACUGGUGAUCUCCAUGGUCCUGGUACUCCUCUGCGCCUUCCUCAUCCCCUGUCCUCCCAGAGACCUGCAUAGCACUUGGAGCCGGCGCCUGGGCUCCCAAGGAGGCCCUUUUUGUUUCAUUAUGUGUACGCCAGGCGGGGACCUGUCUCCCCUGGAGUUGGCUGACGUGAAUAGAGAUGGCCUUCGGGACGUGCUUCUGUCCUUUGUGACAACCAGGAAUGGGACUGAAGGAGGUGGUGGCUCACAACCAACUGCAGAUCUUGUGUGCCUCUCGGGGAUGAAUGGCAGCACACUGUGGUCCAGUCCCCUCCCAGAGGAGGCUCAAGAUGUCACAUGCUUGGAUCUGAUGCCGGGAAGCAUGGCCAAAACCAUCUGCCUCGUGACAGGGACACGCAAGAUGCUCAGGGCAUUCAAUGCGACGUCAGGGAAAGUCAUGUGGACCCUGAACCCGAACCAUCUGUCCAAUGGCACCUUGGCCGCCCCAGUUGUGGUGCUGCCUGACCUGGAUGGGGAUGGUGCCAGAGACCUGGUGGUGCUGGCCAUUGGAGAACUGCAGCCAGAUCUGUGUUUUCUGCUGGUAUCUGGUCGGACAGGGAGUCCCGUGGGCCGACCUGUGAAGUACAACAUCGUGGGAGUGGGGAACCUGAUUGGUCCCCAGGUUUACAUCACCACCAGUGGGGCUGUCUACAUCCUGUUUGGCUUUGGAAAUAUACAAGCUGUGGCCCUGCGGGACAUUUUUGUUCAGGCCCAAAAUCGAGACAGCUCGCCACCCUCUCUGCAGAUAGAAGAGCCGGAAUGGGAGAAGCGCAGAUCUGUCAACCUUUCCGAGCUCAUCGAUGUUUACAGUGAUGGGGUUGAGCUUCUCCAGUUGGUGAAGGCCCCGGAUGCCAACUGCAGCAGCCUCUUGAUCACAACCAGACAAGGCCUGGUCCUGCUUCGGGGACAAGAUCUUACGCCGCUCUGGAAAUUGAGCCUGCAAGGCCUGCGCAGCCAGCCCACUCCUGGGUAUUUCACUGAUGACCAGACAUUGGACUUCCUUCUGCAGACACAGGAUGGAGUUGGGAUGAAGAAGAUGAUGGUGGUGGAUGGUGGCUCUGGCUCCAUCGUCUGGAGUCACAGUAUCCCGUGUCACAUGAAGGAAACACCAACCACUUCUGCAAUUACUUCAGACCAGAAGUCUGUGUUCCUCUUCUGGGCAGAAGCGCUGACUGCUGCUUCUCUCAAUUCUGAUGACCCCCCAGGAGCCGAGCCUCCUGGCCUUUACCACCUUUACCUCCUGCAUCCAACCUUCCCGUCUAUCCUCCUGGACCUGACCAACACCACUGGCAUAGUGACAGCUUCGGAGGUUGGAAUCAACGACAUCUGGAAAGAUGCCUUUUAUGUCACUAGGACGACAAGGAUGAGCCCGGAUGGACACCCCACCUCUCUGGUGAUCAGCAAGCUUAGCCUGCGCUGGGCACUCAUGGAAGGCCAGAUGGUCCAGCUGGAGGAGACCACCCCUAAAAUUGGCCGUGGGGAGCUGAGGAGAUUCCUCUCUAGAAUCAAGUUUGUUGAUUCUCCCUACCAGAUCUAGUACAGUGGAAUCCAGAUUCAGAAGAACCAUGCAGAGCGGCUCCUGUCCCUCCUGUCAGUUCUCUGGAGAGGUGACGACUUCAGGGUCAUGCAGCACUUGGGGAUCACUGCCCUCUGGCAGCCUGCUGGGGCUGUGUGAUCACGCAGCAUGAUCUGCUUAGCUGCGAUAUCUCACGACCCUCCCAUCCCUGCACUAACCCCUCCUCCUGGGAACUCUGUGUGGAUAGUUUGGAAAUGUGAAUCUUAUAGCAGUUGUUUUUUUUUUUUUUUUUUUUUUUUUUUUUUGUACCUCUAAUUUAUAAACCCUUGCUGGGAAAUCCAAUGGCCUACAAGCAAGGAUAUAUGUUGUUUUGCAUUAGGCCAUGUAUAUGUGUGUGUGUGUGUGUGUGUGUGUGUGUGUGUGUGUGUGUGUGUGUGUGUGUGUGUAUGUGUGUAUGUGUGUGUGUAUGUGUGUAUGUGUGUGUGUAUGUGUGUAUGUGUGUGUGUAUGUGUGUGUGUGUGUGUGUGUUCAGUGUUGUACAAAAUUAUUUUUGAGAUAUGCCCCAAGCUUCAGGGAUUCCAUUCCUUGUCCUCUUGAAACUCACCUGAUUUGGUCAUCCUGGUGUGUCUGGAUGGCCUACCUCUGAGGUCCUGAGGGUCCCUCACCACUGUUUUCCCUCUGCCUAUAUUAUGGUUCCUUCUCUAGACAUCAGUGAGCGACACUGGAAGUUAUGAUGAGGCUAGUUAUCCAGAAUGUUCAUCCUUCCAUCUCCUAGACCCUCUACCUCUGUUAAGUGGUCAUGAGAAAAUGUUUCUAUCACAGGGAGCGAGGGAGAUAGUUUCCGUGGCUCCUGACCAGGUCCUUACAUCGUGCCCUGUGAACUUUUGAUGGUUCUGCAGCUACGAGCUUUGAUUCUACAGUCAUGACAGAAGGGUUUGCAUGCGUGUUGGCCUCGGCUUAAAGGUUGGAAGUCCCAUGGCCUUGUCCUGGCUGCAGCUCCACUCUGCUUGCUCUGAGACUUCUCUAGGGCAUCUCCAUCUCCUCCUCCCUUGCCUCCUCUUCUAUUCAGGGAUCUGUUUCUGGACUGUUGAUUCUUGGGUCCAGUAUGCAACCCCUCUGCCCUGUGUUCUUCCUUCCUCGUAGAGCCUUUGAAGCAUUAUAUUGAGAAAAUGCUCAUGUAAAUACUGUAACUUUUAUAAUGAUCAAGUUCUUUCAGAUUAUCUCCAUUCUUCUGCCUUCUAUGUAAAUGUGUGACCUCUUUUAGUUUGGGAUCUUCCAAAUGUCUGUAUCAUUGUCUGAUAAGCCAUGUGUUCCCAUGGUGGCCAAUGAAAAUGUACUUCUCUUUUUGAGUGAAAACCAGAUAUUCUCCUCACUUGGGUUUGUAUCAUGUUAGCUUGUGUUAAUAAAGAGAUCCCAGAAAACUAGAUUCUAGAUUUAAGGGGCCAUCUAUGAAUUGCCCACAAUAGUUGUUAUGGAUAACAGGAAGUUGGUACUCAGUCCAUCCUGCAGAUUGGCCUCACCAGACUUGUUGGUACCUCUGCCAUAAGACCCUAGAAGCAUAUUUGGGAGUUGUAUGGGACCAGGUUGACUUUGGGAAGAGGGGACAAUGAAUAGGCUCCCCUAGAAUCUGGAGGUGAUUCUAGGGUCAUUUCUAGUAAGUUGAAUUUCUGUUAGUAAAAGGGCUGAAUAUAGUGUGUAGUCUUCUCAGAACUAGAUUAUAGUGGACCAAAUUGUCAAGUGGGUGGUAGCCUGGUUGAGCUCCCAGAACAAUGUGUUCUUGCAGUGUUGAUAUUCUGAGACGCCUGCCUGUGUAGGAAGGAACAUGAUACAGAGAUGCUUGAUGGAGACCUGUCUGGGUUUACUCUUUGGAGCUGAAGGCUGUUUAUGCUGGCUGAGUCUCAGAUAAGAGGAAGCCACAAAGACAGCAUCACUGAAUUCUCCUUGGUAUUUUGGUAAAUAACAUCCUAACUUCUCCUUACUAGAAGUGUGAAUCUCUUCCUUGCUAAAUGCAAUGGAAACUCUAGGCUUGCUUCCUGUUGCAGCUGGUACAGAAAGGUAGCUGAGGGUUGAGGUGGCUUCCGCUGGCCAACGUGAGUGCUGGCCUCCUGCCAAAUGCCCCCCUACCCUUCCUCCUCCUUGCAGCGAGUCACCCAGAUAUCCAAGGCAGAAAUUGCUCAACAUGGGGUGGCCCACAAAUCAGCCUGACCACUACUUAGAAGUAAUGCCUUCUACAAUGCAAGGGUCUCCCCUCCUCUCAACCUCUCCUUUUCUUCCUUUAUAAGCCCUCUCCUCUGCCCUGCACAACAUCCUCACCACUCCCCAAACAUAUGGUGUGGUGAUACCAGCCAACCCCAGGAAUGUGAAUUGCUGUCCACACUACCUGUGUUGAGGAGGAGCCAGCGGGUCUGUAGCCAGAAAGCACUGUUUAAAAUGUGAACUGUUACGGAACAAAUAAAUGCUAUGUACAGGAA